GUCGCGGCUGGGCGGCUUUUAAACGGGGUGCGGGGGUUGGUGCCCCCGAACAGGAGAGCGAGACGAGGCGUGUAGCCUCCCCGGCGGGUGCGUGGUUCCAUGGUGCCCGGGCCCUGCAGCGUCCGGCUGGGCGGCGAGCGGAGCAGGAGCCUGAUCGGGGGUAGUUUGGAGAUGAGGCUCUUCCCCCACCCCCGCAAACUGAACAAAUACAGGCUUGAAAUACACCACAGAGGCCGCCGUACAAUGCGGGCUUAGACCUCGGGCUCUCCUUGCGAGGAAUAACUUUUAAGAAAGUUUUCAGUCAUUCCACGUGUGUUGUACAUAAGGAAACAAACAAUAUAAGAGCCACACGGUUCUGCCUAAAAGCAUUUUACCUGCUCUUGUUACUUCUAGCCCUUUAUGAUUAUUUAUGGUGGAACUAGACCACACCAGAUUUUUUUUCCAGGUAGUUGGCUUUGUGCAUUCGAUAGCACUUUUUAUAGUCAAUGUCCCUGUUUUCUUUUGUGUGGUCAAUUUUCCCUUUUAAUCUGGGUAUUUCUCACAGAAACCAGAGAGGAAAAGCAUGAUCAUAACACCCAAAAAACUAGCACAGAUGCUCAGGAGGAAGAACUCAAACCAGGGUCCUAAGAAGUCUGCUCACCAAUUGAUGAGAGACAUUGAACCUCUGUCUGCAGAUGGUGUUCUGACACUGAAUACAGAGAACAGUAAUUGUUCCUACCAAGUACCAAGCUUCCGUAAAUGUGAGAUCUGUUUGCUAUCUUUUUCAAAAGUGACACAGUUCCAGCGCCACAUGAGGGAUCAUGAGAGAAAUGACAAGCCUCAUCGGUGCGACCAGUGUCCAAUGUCAUUUAAUGUUGAGUUCAACUUGACACUUCAUAAAUGUACUCACAAUGGGGAAGAUCCGACAUGUCCUGUGUGUAACAAGAAAUUCUCCAGAGUGGCUAGUCUCAAAGCUCAUAUUAUGCUACAUGAGAAAGAAGAGAAUCUUAUUUGUUCAGAGUGUGGAGAUGAGUUUACUUUGCAGACCCAACUGUCCAUGCAUAUGGAAGAACAUCGUCAGGAAUUGGCUGGAAGCAGGACCCAUAGCUGCAAGUCCUGUAAGAAGGAAUUUGAGACUUCCUCACAGCUUAAGGAGCACAUGAAAACUCACUACAAAAUAAGGGUAUCCAAUACUAGAUCUUACAACCGAAAUAUUGACAGAAGUGGGUUUACAUAUUCAUGUCCGCACUGUGGAAAGACAUUCCAAAAACCAAGUCAGUUAACUCGACAUGUUAGAAUACAUACAGGUGAAAGACCAUUUACGUGUAGUGAAUGUGGAAAAGCCUUUAACCAAAAGGGGGCAUUACAGACACACAUGAUUAAGCAUACUGGUGAAAAACCCCAUGCUUGUGCCUUUUGUCCAGCAGCCUUUUCUCAAAAAGGCAAUCUUCAGUCUCAUGUACAGAGAGUUCAUUCAGAGGUGAAGAAUGGCCCUACCUAUAACUGUACAGAAUGUAGCUGUGUUUUCAAAAGUUUAGGCAGCUUAAAUACUCACAUCAGCAAGAUGCAUAUGGGUGGUCCACAGAACUCAUCAAGCACUACUACAGAAGCAUCUCAUGUUACAACGGAUCCUGUGGCUCAGCCUCUAAUGACGUCUCCUGCUAACCUGAUGCAACCUGUUGAUAAUAAAUGGAAGAAUGCCACACAUUUUCAGUCUCCACUUCUUCAACAGACAGAAAACCAAGUAACUUCAGCUGCAGGUCAACAAGGGCAACAGGCUGUAACAGAUGUCAUCCAGCAGCUUCUUGAGCUGUCAGAGCCAGGUCCAGUGGAAAAUAACCAGCCCCAGCAACCUGGCCAACAACUCAAUAUUGCAGUAGGACUCAAUCGAGACAUUUUGCAGCAAGCCUUAGAAAACAGUGGGCUAUCUUCAAUUCCAGUCUCAGCGCAUCCUACAGACUGCAGCCAGGCUAAGAAUCCUACAACACAGGAUCAAAAUCCAGAUGUUCAGAAUCUUUCUAAUCAUCAAGCUGACCCUAAUAAUGCAGAACAAGAUAAAGAGCAAGAAAGCCCAGAUAAGAUGGAUAAAAAAGAGAAAAAGGUUAUAAAGAAAAAGUCACCAUUUUUGCCUGGUUCUGUACGUGAAGAGAAUGGAAUAAGAUGGCAUGUUUGCCCAUAUUGCUCUAAAGAAUUUAAAAAACCCAGUGAUCUAGUGCGCCACAUUCGAAUUCACACGCAUGAGAAGCCAUUCAAGUGUCCCCAGUGUUUCCGCGCCUUUGCUGUGAAGAGCACUCUCACAGCACACACAAAAACACAUACUGGCAUUAAAGCUUUUAAGUGCCAGUAUUGUAUGAAAUGUUUUUCCACCUCAGGAAGCUUAAAAGUUCACAUUCGUCUGCAUACAGGUAUUAGACCUUUUGCUUGUCCUCACUGUGAUAAAAAGUUCAGAACAUCUGGCCACAGGAAGACUCACAUUGCUUCACACUUUAAACACACUGAAUUACGAAAGAUGCGACAUCAGCGUAAACCUGCAAAAGUUCGAAUAGGAAAGACCAGCGUUCCAGUACCGGAUAUUCCUUUGCAAGAACCCAUACUCAUCACUGAUUUAGGUCUUAUCCAGCCAAUCCCAAGGAAUAGCCAGUUUUUCCAAAGUUAUUUUAAUAAUAGUUUUGGAAAUGAAGCAGACAGGCCAUACAAGUGUUAUUACUGCAAUCGAGCAUAUAAAAAAUCUUGCCAUCUUAAGCAACAUAUCAGAUCACACACUGGUGAGAAGCCAUUUAAGUGUUCUCAGUGCGGAAGAGGUUUUGUCUCGGCUGGAGUGUUAAAAGCGCAUAUUAGAACUCAUACUGGAUUGAAAGCUUUUAAGUGUCUUAUAUGUAAUGGGGCCUUCACUACUGGUGGUAGCCUCAGGCGACACAUGGGGAUUCAUAAUGAUCUUCGACCAUAUAUGUGUCCAUAUUGUCAAAAAACAUUCAAAACUUCAUUAAACUGCAAAAAACACAUGAAAACUCAUAGGUAUGAGCUUGCACAGCAGCUUCAGCAGCACCAGCAAGCUGCUUCAAUAGAUGAUUCAACAGUAGAUCAGCAGAGCAUUCAUGUUUCCACUCAAAUGCAAGUAGAGAUUGAAAGUGAUGAGCUGCAGCAGCCAGAAGCUGUCACAACAGAUCAGGAAGCUAUUUUAGAACUAGACCAGCAGCAGGUGGUAGCCACAGAAGAAACAGGACUGGGACAACAAUUGACUGACCAAUCUUUAGAGCAAGAUGAAGAUAGGUUUGUGACAUCCCAACAUGCUUUACAGGAGAACAUCAAUCAAUUUGAACAGCAAACUCUAACACAACAGUCAUUUGAUCAGCAAGGGUUAUCACAAGGUUUUACAGUGAAUGAUAGCUACAAUCAACAGAAUCAAUUUUCAGCUGUACAGCAACUACAGGAUUCAAGCACACUUGAGUCUCAGGCUCUUUCAACAAGUUACCAUCAACCAAAUCUGCUUCAAGUUCCUAACCCAGAGACUAUUAAUGUGACUACUCGCCUCAUACAAGAUCAAUCACAAGAAGAACUUGAACUGCAUGCCCAACGCCCCCAGUUUCUUGAGGACAAUGAAGAUCAAAGCAGACGUUCAUACAGAUGUGACUAUUGCAACAAGGGUUUUAAGAAAUCCAGCCAUUUGAAGCAGCAUGUGCGAUCACACACUGGUGAGAAACCUUAUAAAUGCCAGCUGUGUGGCCGUGGAUUUGUUUCCUCAGGAGUUCUUAAAUCACAUGAGAAGACUCACACAGGAGUUAAAGCAUUCAGCUGUAGCAUUUGCAAUACAGCUUUCACUACCAAUGGCAGCCUUACCAGGCACAUGGCAACUCAUAUGAGCAUGAAGCCUUACAAGUGCCCAUUCUGUGAUGAAAGCUUCCGAACAACCGUUCACUGCAAAAAGCACAUGAAAAAACACCAGACGGUCUCCUCUGCAGUAGCAGCAACUGGAGAGGCCGGAGGAGGAGUUGUAUGUGUGGAAGAAGAUGAUGAAAAUUCUGAAAGAACUGCUUCCAGAAAGUCUCGUCCUGGUGUCAUCACUUUCACCGAGGAAGAAACAGCAGAACUGGCAAAAAUUAGACCUCGAGAAAGUGCUACAGUCUCAGAAAAAGUUCUUGUCCAGUCUGCUGCGGAAAAGGACAGAAUCAGUGAGAUCAAAGAUAAGCAUGCAGAACUGGAAGCGGAGCCCAAAUACGCCAAUUGUUGUACUUAUUGUCCCAAAAGCUUUAAAAAACCCAGUGAUUUAGUCAGGCAUGUUCGUAUCCACACUGGGGAGAAACCAUAUAAAUGUGAUGAAUGUGGAAAGAGUUUUACUGUGAAGUCUACUCUGGAUUGCCAUGUAAAAACGCACACAGGUCAGAAGCUCUUCAGUUGCCAUGUAUGCAGUAAUUCUUUUUCUACCAAAGGGAGUCUAAAAGUGCAUAUGCGUCUGCAUACAGGAGCAAAGCCAUUUAAGUGUCCACACUGUGACUUACGGUUUCGUACUUCAGGACGCAGAAAAACGCACAUACAGUGUCACUAUAAACCAGAAACCAAGAGGGUCAGGAAGCCUGUUACCCGUACAUCUGCUGAGGGAUUACAACCAGUGAAUCUUCUUAAUUCUUCCACGACAGAUCCCAAUGUUUUUAUCAUGAAUAACUCUGUUCUGACAGGUCAAUUUGAUCAAAAUUUGCUUCAGCAAGGACUUGUGAGCCAGGCAAUCCUUCCUGCUUCUAUGUCAGCUGGAGGUGACUUAACUGUGUCCUUGACAGAUGGUAGCUUGGCCACCCUUGAAGGCAUACAGUUACAGCUUGCUACUAAUCUGGUUGGGCAGAAUGUUCAAAUUUCUGGAAUAGAUGCUGCCAGUAUUAACAACAUCACAUUACAGAUUGAUCCCAGUAUUUUACAGCAGACAUUACAGCAGAGUAACUUACUUGCCCAGCAUCUAACUGGGGAUCCCAGUAUGGCUCCACAGAACAACUCCCUCCAGACAACAGACAGCACGGUGCCAGCUAAUGUGGUUAUCCAGCCCAUAUCAGGCUUGUCUUUACAGCCAACAGUUACAUCUUCAGCUAAUAUGACGAUAGGACCACUGUCUGAGCAAGACUCUGUGUUAUCAACUAACAGUAAUGGUGCACAAGAUCUCUCUCAAGUGAUGACCUCACAGGGUAUGGUGUCCACUUCGAAUGGUCAGCAUGAGAUAACAUUGACCAUAAAUAACUCAAGUUUGAGUCAAGUUCUAGCUCAUGCUGCUGGUUCCACCACUACAAACUCAUCAGGAAGCCCGCAAGAAAUUACCCUCACCAUAUCUGGUCAAGAUCUUAUUCAGCAUAAUUCUUCUGGAAGUAAUGAGUUGAAUGGGAGUUUACGACUGACAACACCAUCAAUUAGCAAUCAAUCAACAGGUGCUACGUUAACUAUAAGCAAUGAUCAACUUCUGUCUCAGGGUACAUCACUGAACGCUUCAGAACUUAAUACGUCAAGUGGAAAUCUUCCUUCAACACCACCCAUGUCUCAAUCCACAGUUUCUGCUCAGAACUUAGUAAUGUCUUCGUCAGGAGUUGGAGGAGAUGGUAGUGUUACCUUGACCUUGGCUGAUACUCAGGGCAUGUUAUCUAGUGGUCUUGAUUCAGUUACACUUAAUAUCACUUCACAGGGUCAGCAAUUCCCUGCUUUACUCACAGAUUCUAGUCUCUCCAGCCAAAGCGGUUCGGGCUCACAGCAAGUCAUACUGGUGAGCCAUGCACCACAUUCAGCAUCUACAAACUCUGAUGAAAUAACAUAUCAGGUGGCUGAGGUUUCUUCUAACCUGACUAAGGGUAAUCAAGAAAAGGAGGGCCGUGUACACCAAUGUUUUGAAUGUAGUCAGACCUUUUCUUCAGCCACGAUGUUAAUGCACCACAGUAAAGAGGUUCAUGGCAAGGAGAGAAUUCAUGUAUGCCAUGUUUGCAAUAAAGCCUUCAAACGGGCAACACAUCUCAAGGAGCACAUGCAAACCCAUCAGGCUGGACCUUCACUAAGUUCCCAGAAGCCACGAGUGUUUAAAUGUGAUACUUGUGAAAAGGCUUUUGCUAAACCAAGUCAGCUGGAGAGGCAUAGCCGCAUACACACAGGGGAACGUCCAUUUCAGUGUACACUGUGUGAUAAAGCUUUUAACCAGAAGAGUGCCCUUCAGGUGCAUAUGAAAAAGCACACGGGAGAGAGGCCUUACAAAUGUGAUUACUGUGCAAUGGGCUUUACACAGAAAAGCAAUAUGAAACUCCAUAUGAAACGAGCUCAUGGCUAUGCUGGUACUAUACAAGAAUCUGCCAGUCAGCAAGAACAAGAAGGGGAAGAUAUUAAUCGUGCUUUGAAUUUAGAAGAGGUUGUUCAAGAAUCUUCAAAUGAAUGGCAGAGUAUAAGCAAUGUAUUUCGAUGACACCUUAGUUGAAAGCUUUGCUUUCAGGACUUGAAUUUCUCAACAUAUGUUUUGAAAAAAGUAAAGCAUAUGGAUUUUACAGUUGAUGCUUCAAGCAUUGAAAAUAUUAACAAUAGAAUAAUAUAUUAUAGUUUUUUUAAUUAUUUACAAAAAGUACUUAAAAAGAAUCAUUGUUUUUGUAAGCUUGUGGGAAAAUAUUGAAAAAACAUCAAUUAAUCUGUGUUAAGUUGUCUACAAAUCAAUGAACUCAGGUAAUACUACAUGCGGUUUCAUCUUCUAACCCACAGACAGUAUAUCUAGUUGAACAAUUAACUGGAACUUCAUAUCAGGAAAGAGUGAUUCCCUUGUAUUAGUAAAGAAGAUGAAAAGUAACUUCAUGGGAAAACCAUGAAAAUUGUCAUUUACUUUUUUAUUUUAUUUUUUUAAUGUAUAGCAAAAAUGUUUGAGGUUAGAAAGAAAAGUGUUAUGAUAGAGAUGCAUGCAGUACAGAAUUAAUUUUUACAAUGCACAGUAAAGUGUUAAAAGUCUGUUCUUAGUUUCUUUUGGUGCUUUUGAGGAAUUUUGGAAAGUGAAUUGCCCUUGCAUUAAAUGGUAUUUAUGUAGCUAA